AUGGCCAGACGACCCAGUUGCCUGCAAUGUAAGAAUGGCGUACAGAAUCUCGAAAGGGGAGAGGCAUACAGGAACACCAUCACCGCUGGCAUGUCGCAAGCUCUGACCCACCGCCCGUUGCCGCCAUCUGGGCCAUCCAAAACUAAGUCAGUGACCGCUCCACCUGCAAAGCGACGCAAACCCAGAGCCAUGAUCGCGCCUGAGGUCGAUUGGAACUCACAGCUCGGACCAGCCACCAACGCCUAUCAGAGUCCGUACGAUGACGAAGGGAAGCGUCACUUCUCUCAUGUGUCCCAAGGCUUCAUCAAUGACGGAGACCGCUACUCGAGCCUUGUACUGCAUAAUGCAGCAAACCCUUUCGAAUACGAGCCUGUCCCGUCAUCAACGAUCACGACUGGAACGUACGGAUUCUACUGGCAUGUACAGAACGAGAUUCACUGGACAACACUUGCAACCGAUCAACGUCAUCUCUUUGAACAAUGCCUUCAAGCAGACUGGCUUGUCGAGAACUACAAGUGGAAACACGACGCCAAACCUACCGAGAAGCGCUUCCAUCGUACGUACUGGCUCGCAGCUAAUCAGCAAGAUAUGAAGGGCCUGCUCAACCGUGGUUCCUCGAAUGACAAGGACAAGCUACACGACUUGGUGGCGGAGAGGAGCGAGGAAGAUCCGGACAGGGACUUCGUCAUUAGCGAGGAUGAUCUAAUGGAAGAGUGGGAUGUGACAAGUGCAGAAGCAGAUACCGCUUGGCAGGAAUUGCAGAAUGACGUUGAGGCGUUGGGCGAGAAUUUCGGAGCGUGCGGCCCAGGUUGGCAGCACGUGGUAUUUGCAAACACUGAGUUGCGACUGUUUUAGUAAGCUAAUUUUCGCGUGGCGGCGGGCGGCAAUUUUAUUAUGGAG